UUUUCCUUAUCUGCAUGCAAGUUUUAUGAUUUUUGUGAGUAGAUAUAGAUACUCAAUAUUUUGUCAUGCGUUUAUUUUUCUCUCUUGAUUUGGCAAUUCUCGUGAGUUGAUUUUGGAUUUAGAUAUAUUUCUUUAUAGUUGCCGACACGAAAGGUUUGUUCUUGACUUGUACUUUGUUUACGAACUUUCUUUUUUUUCUUGUUUGUUCUUGUUGGGUAGAUGAACAACUCAAGACGGAGCUAACAAAGUUUGUUUUGUAUUACCAUAAAUUUCAUUUAUUUUAUUCCAUAAUCUUUCUCUGGAUUUCUUUUUUUUCUGUCCGCAUUUCGUCAGGUUGCAGCAUUAUCUAUUUAAAGCUUUUUUCGGUAUCUAUUGCAUUAAUGUCCGGUUUUUGAUUUCCAUUUUUGUGUUAUGUGGCAGAAGAAGCUACAACAAAAAAAAAGAACAUAAAAACCUCAAUUUGUUUGGUGAGAAAAUUCUGAGUUAGCGAACCAAGAAAAUCUUAUUCUUUCUGAGCAAGAAGCUGAUUGGUAAUGCCCAAGUUGCUCUUCUUCUUCUUCUUCUUUUUUCUAUCAAAUCCUACUUGAUUUCUUUGUUCUCUAUGAUCCAAACCCAUAUAUAAAUCUAUAGAGGAUUACAUAAAACUCCAAAAAACCAUUUCUAGACAUUGUUCAUUGCCUUUGGUUUGUGUUGAAUUUCUCUGGUGUGGACUAAGAAAAUGGUGGGAAGCAUUGAGGCCAAGAGCCUGCUAUCAAACGGGUCUGUUCAACAUAAUGGUCUUAAUCUGGAGGAGAAACUUGAUGAUUUUCGUCGUCUAUUGGGGAAAUCAGACAAGGAUCCGUUGAGGAUUGUAAGUGUUGGAGCUGGUGCUUGGGGAAGUGUUUUUGCAGCACUUCUGCAAGAAAGCUAUGGAAGUUUCAGGGAUAAGUUUCAGAUCAGAAUAUGGAGAAGAGCUGGAAGAGCUGUGGAUAGAGCAACAGCUGAACAUUUGUUCGAAGUGAUCAAUUCUCGGGAAGAUAUCUUGAGGAGACUGAUAAGACGCUGCGCUUAUCUGAAAUACGUCGAGGCAAGGCUCGGUGAUAGGACGCUCUACGCGGAUGAGAUAUUGAAAGACGGGUUUUGUCUUAACAUGGUUGACACGCCGCUUUGCCCUCUCAAGGUUGUGACAAAUCUGCAAGAAGCUGUGUGGGAUGCUGAUAUUGUUGUUAAUGGAUUGCCUUCAACAGAGACACGCGAGGUGUUUGAAGAGAUUAGCAAGUAUUGGAAAGAGAGAGUUACGGAUCCGAUUAUUAUAUCUCUGUCAAAGGGUAUUGAAACUGCUCUUGCACCAGUUCCACAUAUCAUUACUCCAACAAAGAUGAUCCAUCAAGCAACUGGUGUGCCGAUUGAAAAUGUGCUGUAUCUUGGUGGACCAAACAUUGCUGCUGAGAUUUACAACAAGGAAUAUGCAAAUGCUAGAAUCUGCGGAGCCGAGAAAUGGAGGAAACCACUAGCAAAGUUCUUGAGACAACCUCAUUUCAUUGUUUGGGACAAUAGUGAUCUUGUGACACAUGAAGUAAUGGGAGGUCUCAAGAAUGUGUACGCCAUUGGAGCUGGAAUGGUGGCAGCGCUUACUAACGAGAGCGCUACAAGCAAAUCGGUGUACUUUGCUCAUUGUACAUCAGAGAUGAUAUUUAUAACACAUUUACUAGCAGAAGAACCUGAGAAACUUGCAGGGCCUUUGCUAGCUGACACUUACGUGACCUUAUUAAAAGGGCGUAACGCGUGGUACGGUCAGAUGCUCGCCAAAGGGGAGAUAAAUAGAGACAUGGGUGAUAGUAUAAGCGGGAAGGGAAUGAUUCAGGGUGUUUCUGCAGUGGGAGCGUUUUAUCAAUUGCUUAGUCAGUCUAGCCUAAGCAUAUUGCACUCUGAAGAGAAGAAACCUGUAGCCCCAGUUGAAUCAUGUCCUAUUUUGAAGACACUUUACAAGAUACUUAUCACAAGAGAACAAUCUACACAAGCAAUUCUGCAAGCAUUAAGGGACGAAACAUUGAACGAUCCCAGAGAUCGUAUUGAGAUUGCACAGAGCCAUGCAUUCUACAGGCCUUCCCUUCUAGAUCAGCCUUGAUUAAGUCCAUGGCUCUCUAUAAUCCAAACUUGUUUGUUCUGAUUACGAAAAGAUACAACAUGAACUACUUGUGCAAACUGUAGAUUCUUCUGCGGUGAAACAUUAUAGCUUUAAUGGAAGGGGUAGUUUCACUUGUGUCAUGUCUUAUUCUUAUUCAGUCUCUAGUCAAUACGAUCCUUGUACUGUAUCCUUUUCUUUAUGAUCAAUAAAGGCUUUAUUUGCUCAAA